AUGGCGCAUUAUGCUGCUUCUGGUGUUACGGCAUGGUUAACGUUCGUCGUGUAUCUAGUGAUUCGCCAACUGAUCAUUGUUCGCUACCGAAAUAUGCGGAAUCCUAGACUUGUAUUCUUUAUAGUGUUGGUUGGGUCAGGAAUAUUGAUUACUAUGCAUUUUUGGAAUUUAGAAACAGUUCCAUAUACCAAGAGAACCCGCUGCAUUUUGUUAUCUAAUGACAUGGAGAGGCAGCUUGGUGAGGCUGAAUUCGAGAACAAGAAGGCGAGUUUCAAGGGAAAGAUCUUGCCUCCCAUACACCCUCAGAGUGUGAGGAUAAGGAUGAUAUCAAUGGAAAUCAUUGAUACCUUGCUGAGAGGGUUGAGCAAGGAACAAGUUUGGAGUGAUGUUGGUUAUGCAUCAGCAUAUGUCACAGGGUUUGAAGGGGAUACUGAGGAGACUCUGAAAUCGUUGACUAAUGCUAGUGCUUAUUGUAACGCAGAGAGUGGUUGGCACAAGGAAGAUGAAAUCCUUGAUGACAGUUGGGUUCAGCAAAUUAGAAAGAAAGGGCCAGCUGCCUCACAUCUCGAUGGAUUGAAUUGGGAGGUGCUUGUUGUCAAUGAUUCGGAAGUCAAUGCCUUUUGGCUUCCUGGUGGUAAGAUUGUUGUAUACACCGGAUUGUUAGAGCAUUUUAAGAGUGAUGCUGAGAUUGCCACUAUAAUUGGACAUGAGGUUGGUCAUGCUUUGGCCCGACACACCGCUGAAUAUGUGACGAAGAAACUGUGGUUUGCUAUCCUGCAGUUUAUUCUUUUUCGAUUUGUCACCCCCGAAAUCGUCACCAUAAUGUCUUUUCUUUUCUUGAAGCUACCACUCUAUCGACUGAUGGAAAUGGAAGCGGAUUACAUUGGCUUGCUCUUAAUUGCUUCCACCGGAUAUGAUCCACGGGUGGCGCCCACAGUGUAUGAGAAGCUGGGAAAAGUCAAGGGUGAGUGGGCCCUUUGGGACUAUCUCUUCACUCAUCCAUCUGGAAGAAAGAGAGCAGAGUUGCUCUCCCAGGCCAAAAUAAUGGAAGAAGCAUUCACCAUAUACAAGAAUGCUAGGUCUGGAAGAUGUAUUGAAGGAUUUGUUUGGACCAACAAAACUUAUAUUGCCACACCAGAAUCAACAAAGAACCUGUAGAUGAAACUUUAAAGAAUUCUGUUUUAGCCAAAAGAAAAGCUAGACAAUUUUCUGUAUGAUGAAUUUUGUCAACAAUUUAGUUUCAUAGAUAGAUGUUUGUUAU